UCACCGCUAGGCGCUAGCUAGGUCUUGGCGGCGGCGGCGGCAAUGAAGGAUGCCAUCGGAACGGCCUGCCGCCGCCGAAGCAUGCGCCUCCGUCAACAAGCCCACGCGAAUGAGUUGGGCGCCAGAGUGGGCCGCAGCUGCAGCGCGCUCCUCCGUCCCCAUGUCCACGCGAGUGAGGUGGGAGCCGGAGCGGUCCACCGUCGUCGCGACAGCUUCCGGGCCACGCCGCUUGAAGACGACGAUCUCCUGAGGGAGAUCCUCCUCCGUCUGCCUCCGGAGCCCUCCUCGCUCUUCCAGGCCUCCGCCGUCUGCAAGCAGUGGCGAUGUGCCGCCGUGGACCCCAAGUUCCACCGCCGGUUCUGCGCACACCACCAGAAGCCGCCCCUUCUCGGUUUCUUCACGAUCAUGUUCGGUUCUAUCGAGUUCACCCCCGCCCUGGACCGUCCCGACCGCAUCGCUACUCACAUCGGCAACGUCCGAACCCACGAGUUGCUUGAUUGCCGCCACGGUCUCCUCCUUCACACGGACCAGCUAGGGGAUGAGGUUAUAGUGACAAACCUCAUCACCGGAGCUGCUCGCCGCCUUCCCUUUCCACCAGACUACAAAAGCAGAAAUUAUUGCAUCAACGCGGCUGUGCUCUGCACUGCCAGCGACCGUAACCACGUGCACGGAAGCUGUCACUGGAACCCCUUCAAGGUGGUGUUGAUCUCCGAACACGUAGAGGCUUAUCGCGUCAUGGCAUGUGUUUACUCCUCCGAGACUGCCAAAUGGAGUGAUAGCAUCUCCACAAUCGUUUCAUGCGAUCUUGAGGGUUUUCGUGUUUUUGGGUCGCUUGUUGGUAAUGCACUUUACUGGCUAGAGAAUUCUGUAAGCGAUCACAUACUUGAGUAUGAUUUGGAUGAGCAGAGCCUAAUUGUGUUCAAUGGGCCUCCUGUUACAAAUGAUUUCCGUCAUGGCAGCCAUUGGAUCAUCCAGGCUGAGGAUGGCGUUGUUGGCAUGGCCAUAUUGUCUUACCCUCGCUUCCAAAUGUGGCAGAUGAAUGUCAAUUGCAAUGGUGUUGCCACAUGGGUGAUGUGGAAGAUCAUGGACAUGCAUAACAUUCUUAGGCUCCCUCCUUGGAUUGAAGGAAAGAGGGCAUAUGUGGGACAUAUAGUGGGAUGCAUUGAGGAUACUGAUGGAAUACUUUUAUCUGUGGAUGACAUUGUCUAUAUGGUUCAACUGAAAUCAAUGCAGUCUAUGAAACUUUGUCAAGACUGUAGGUAUAGUUACUAGCAUUCUUUCAAGAGUUUCUAUCUACCAGGCACAUCCAUUGAUGGUGCAUGUGAUGGAGCUGAAAUUUUGCACAAUAUAUAGGAAGGCGGUCUGAUUUGAUAUGCUAAUGUGCUGAAAUAGUUCGACGGGUAAUAAAAUCUUCUGGAUA